AUGAGAUUAACAUUGAAAAAUUUUAUUCCCUUGGUGAGAUUUUUUACUUUAACUCCGGAUGAAUUUUAUAAAUAUGUUAGACCAUACGAAAAAGUACUUGGUAAUAUUUAUGAACAAGUUUUACAAUCCCAUCUUAAUAAUGAAUGGCAACCUAGAGACAUACAAGUGCUUCCUCGCAGAAACACCACCAAAGCAAGAUUAUUGAGGCAUAAUCACAUUAAAGAAAUCAAAAAACGAAUAUAUUCUAAAAAAUCUAUUAGAUUAUUUCCUACUAAAGACCCAUAUGACAUGGUUUUACUUGAACCAGAACAAUAUGACGAUCUUUGCGUAGAUCCAACGGUUAUAGUAUUUCGUAUUACUGAACUUAAUUUAAUAAUUGGAGGAUAUAAUCCAUUUAAAACAAAAUAUUCUAAAAUUUCAUAUCUACCUUCUUUUAAAUUGAAAGCAGAAUAUAGUUUUAUGUUCAAAAUUGAUAAUAUUAAAAAAAUUGAAUUUAUUUCUACUUUAGGAACUCAAGAUUUUAGUUUAAGAUAUGAUAAAAUUAGGCCAUUAAAUAUUUUUGACUUUAAAUUUCAAGAUAAUUAUAGCAAAAUUCUUUAUCGAAAAUAUUUUUAUCGUAAAAUUUUAGAUUGUAACUCCGGUAAUUAUAAUAUUGAAGGAUUGCAGGUCUUUAAAAUAAUUGAAAAUUUUAAAUAG